GAUUUGUCGUCGUCACGGCAGCGGAGCGACCCGGUGCUCUGUGGAGUUUGACGUGGCACUCCGCUUUUCUCAGAGAAGAAGAGGAUCUAUCUCUCUGCCCCGCUGUUCAGGUUGGUAUGAGCAGACAGUGACAGCCGUCCCAUCAGAAUGAGCCAACAGGGUUACGUAGCUGCGCCCCCAUACUCCCAGGCCCAGCCGGGAAUAGGGGGGUACCAAGGUGGAUUUGGAGCUCCCCCUGCCCAGCCCCUCUAUGGACAUUACGGAGGACCACCUCAGGGAUUUAAUGCUCCACCAGCAGGUAUGAUGAAGUCACCUCCUACCUCGCCUGCAGCAAUGCCACCGCCUCCUGUAUCCAGUCAGUACAAUCCAAGUGUGCAGCAGAACGGUGCUCAUCCCCAAAGGUAUGCCUCUCCAUCGGUUGCCUCUCCUCCUUAUGGUCAGCCUUCACACUCUGUGUACAACAGCAUGGCAUCGCCUGCCCCUCCAACGCAGGAGCUUGCUAAUCAGAUGAGUGCUAUGAACCUGGGCAGCUAUGCCCCAGGCGCCAUGCAGAGCCACCCCCCUCCUCCAACAAGCUCUGUUGCCCAGCAACAUUUCCAGACACCAGCUCCAGCAAUGGGUCAGCCACAGAUGCAUUCAGCCCCAGCACCACACAUGGCCUCUCAGAAUCAGAUGUCUCCGCCACAGUCACCCCUUACAAAUAUGCCGCCAUCAGGACAACCAAUGGGAGGACAGUCGAUGACUGGGCCGCCAAUGGGAGGUCAGUCAAUGACUGGGCCGCCAAUGGGAGGUCAGUCAAUGACUGGGCCGCCAAUGGCAGGCAUGAACAGGCCUUUUCCUGGACCUCCACCUUCAGGCCAAGGAGCUUUCCAGCAACAUGGUACAGGACCCACUGCUCCGUCAGGUUACCCACAGCAAUCAGGUCAGUUUGGGGGACUCAUGUCUGGACCCCAGCCAGGCAUGCCAGGGGCCUUUCCUGGAUCUCCAGGUGGACUUGCUGGACCCCCUCAGAAGAAACUGGAUCCUGAUUCUAUACCGAGCACAACCCAGGUUAUUGAGGAUGACAAAGCGAGGCUGGGAGGACAGGUCUUUAGCACAAACAUCAGAGGACAGGUCCCACCUCUUGUCACCACUGACUUCACAGUUCAGGAUCAAGGGAAUGCCAGUCCAAGAUUUAUACGCUGCACGACGUACUCACUGCCCUGCACCGCUGAGCUGGCCAAACAGUGCCAAGUGCCUCUUGCUUCCAUCAUUAAACCAUUUGCUAAGUUGCCCAAAAAUGAGACUCCUCUGUAUGUUGUGAACCAUGGCGAGACGGGCCCAAUACGCUGCAAUCGAUGCAAGGCCUACAUGUGCCCCUACAUGCAGUUCAUCGACGGCGGUCGUCGCUAUCAGUGCAGUUUCUGCAACUGUGUCAAUGAAGUGCCGGUCUUCUACUUUCAACACCUGGACCACAUGGGCCGUAGGGUGGACUUCUACGAGAGGCCUGAGCUUUCCCUGGGAUCCUAUGAGUUUGUUGCCACGCUUGAUUAUUGCAAGAACAAUAAGCCUCCCAAUCCUCCUGCCUAUAUCUUCAUGAUUGAUGUGUCCUACACCAACAUCAAAAGCGGACUGGUCAAACUGGUAUGCGAUGAGCUCAAGACUCUGCUGGAGAAGCUGCCCAGGGAGGACGGAGCAGAGGCCUCUGCAAUAAAAGUGGGCUUUGUUACUUAUAACAAGGUGCUUCACUUCUACAACGUGAAGAGCGCUCUGGCCCAGCCGCAGAUGAUGGUGGUGUCGGACACAGCCGAAAUGUUCGUCCCUCUGCUCGACGGCUUUCUCGUGAAUUACCAGGACUCCAGGGCCGUCAUCUACAACCUCUUGGAUCAAAUCCCCGACAUGUUUGCAGACACCAACGAGAGCGAGACGGUGUUCGCUCCCGUCAUCCAGGCUGGAGUGGAGGCGUUUAAGGCAGCAGAGUGCAGCGGGAAGCUCUUCAUCUUCCACUCGUCCAUGCCCACCGCUGAGGCUCCAGGGAAACUGAAGAACAGAGACGACAAAAAGCUGGUCAACACCGACAAGGAGAAAACCCUUUUCCAGCCUCAGAAAGGAGUGUAUGAGCAGCUGUCUAAAGACUGCGUGGCACAAGGAUGCUGCGUUGAUCUCUUCCUGUUCCCCAGCCAGUACCUCGACUUGGCCUCCAUGGCCGACGUGCCUUCACACACCGGAGGCUCCGUCUACAAGUACAAUAACUUCCAGGUGGCGACCGAUGGGGAGCACUUCCUCAGAGACCUGAGGAAGGAUUUGCAGAAGAGCCUGGGAUUCGAUGCCGUGAUGAGAGUCCGCACCAGUACAGGCUUCAGGGCCACAGACUUCUUCGGGGCCAUUUACAUGAACAACACCACGGACGUGGAGAUGGCGGCUGUGGACUGCGACAAGGCUGUGACCGUGGAGUUCAAGCACGACGACGCUCUCAGCGAGGAGUCGGGGGCUUUUAUGCAGUGCGCUUUGCUGUACACCACCAUCAGCGGUCAGCGACGCCUCCGCAUCCACAACCUGAGUCUGAACUGCACCUCGCAGCUGUCCGAGAUGUACAAGUGCUGCGAGACGGACUCCCUCAUCAACUUUUUCGCCAAAUCAGCUUACCGUGCCAUACUGAACCAGCCACUGAAGAACGUGAGGGACAUCCUGGUCAACCAGACGGCCCACAUGUUGGCCUGCUACAGGAAGAACUGCGCCAGCCCAUCGGCUGCAAGCCAGCUGAUCCUGCCCGAUUCCAUGAAAGUGUUCCCAGUCUACAUGAACAGCCUGAUGAAAACGGCUCCACUAGUGGGCAGCACUGAGCUCUCCACAGAUGACAGGGCCCACCAGCGGCUGUCUGUCACGGCUAUGGGGGUGGAGGACAGCCAGCUGCAGCUCUACCCACGCCUCAUCCCACUGCACGACGUGGACGCUAGCGGCGAGGCGGUGCCUGCUCCAGUCCGCUGCUCUGAGGAACGCCUCUCAGACUCCGGCCUGUUUCUGCUGGAGAACGGGCACGCCAUCUUCCUGUGGCUGGGCCAAGCGAGCCCGCCGGAUCUGAUCCAGAGCCUCUUCAACGCGCCCUCGCUCGCCCAUUUGCAGCAAGAACACAUGUUCACACUGCCAGAGCUGGACAACCCGCUGUCAAAGAAGGUCCGAGGCAUCAUCAGUGAGCUGCUGGAGAAAAGGCCAAACUCUAUGAAGCUGCAGAUCGUGAGGCAGAGAGACAAACCGGAGAUGUUGUUCCGUCAGCUCCUGGUGGAGGACAAAGGCCUGCAUGGCGGCGCCUCCUACAUGGACUUCCUGUGCCACGUUCACCGGGAAAUCAGGCAGCUGCUCACCUAAGCCGACACACCUGGCCUCCUCAGAACAUUUCAGAUGAUCCGUAACACAUUUCUAAGAGAUACGAAUGAUAACGCGACUGCAGAUAGCCUUCAAGAAGCCCAGAGCCCAAAGCUGCCUCUGGGACGGUUUGAUCUGCAAAAUAACAUCUUGUCGUUAAGAGCUUGUAGUAAAUGAGGAUCUAAAACCCACUUUGACCUCAGCAAUACCCCAUCCAGUCUAAUAUCAUUACUUUGUAAAUUAUUUUCUGGAAAAGACAAAAGGGUUAUUUGUGUAGACAUUCUGUGUUAAUCUUCCAAGAAGAAGUAUUUAAGUUGUUAUUUUUCAAACAAUAAAUACUCAAUAUUUAAAAUGGCUUUUAGAUGUUUAUCAUGUUUACUUUACCAUCAGACUGGAAAAGUGCUUUACAAUAACCAGAUGAAAAAUUCGAAAACGUGAGGAGGACGACAGCGAAACAAGCGUCUGGCUGCAGGAGCUGAAAUUCUGUCCUGCUUUUACGCCAGGAGUGACUCAAAGCGUUCGAUUCUCGCAUGCCUCCUCCGAAAGUCGCAUUCUUUGUCCAUUUAUGGCUGAGCUUCCAUCCGCACGACCUGCAGAGACGCAGAAAGAGCUUUGUUUUGCUGUUCUGAGCUCACGGCGAAGCGAACGCAGCUGUCGCUCGGCAGCAAAUGAGGGCAGGAGGAGAAAAGACAUUUCUUCUCUCCUCUUGCCUCAAGUCCUUGAGAUGCUGCUGCUCCUGCUGCUGAAAGGGAAAACAUCUAGUGAGACAAAAGACUGGGUGGCUGGAAGACAUCAAAAAGAUUUUUAAUUUGUUCUUGUCAUGAGUUGCGCAUUUUUAUUGAAGGUUAAUUUAAAACCAAAUUAAAAAAAAAAAAACUUAUUCAAUAAAUGCAAAAUCAACUUUAGCCAAAGCGUCAGCCUACCUUCAGUGUACAGAUCCAUUAAAUGUACCUACAAAGAGUUUUCAGUACUGUAUCUUCAUGCUAUUCCAGAUAUUAUCCUGUCCUGUGUUGAUGCAGCCAGCAUAUUCGUUUUUUUUUGUUUUGUUUUUUUGUAUUUACACAAUAUUACCAAAUGCCUUAAGUUGAUUUAUUUGUUAAUAUUUCUGCCAGAGAGGUAAAAGACCAGCAGUUGUGUCACUUUAGUUUGUAUGCAAACUUAUCUCAGGUGAUUUCUGUCCAUUACCAUUUCAAGUUGAAAGCAGUGAUUUGGUUUGAGCUGGAAUGAUGGAGCGACUCGACGGUCUUUGAUGCUUGUUCCGCUUCCUAACUGUAAACAACUUUUUGUUUUUGGUAAUUAAAACUUUCGACUGAAA